ACCAAUCUCUUAGAGUAUGUAGGCUAAUCCCACAUAACUAUGAUAGUGAAACCCAGGCUGAGGCUAUAUUUCAGCAGUGUACUGUAGCAUUCUUCAAACAACAUUUAAGCAAAAUAGCUUUAGGUGACACUUUGAAGUCCACUGAUAAGCACACAGCCGAGGGACUUAACAGCCCUCAACAUCAGCCUGACUGUGUGAUCUAGAUACCACAGUCCCUGUAUAUCCCUCCACUGACCUCCCAAACAAGCACAGCCCAUCAUUAUAAGAACUGGUCCGGGUGAUACUGAGCGGAGUGGAGUAGAGCAGCAGAGCAGAGCAAGCCACAUCCACCACUGGAAGGAUCAAAUCUGUGCCAUCUGACGCUCAGGGAUUUAUAGGUUUAGUCAAAAUUGCUUUUCCCCACAGCAGAGAUUAAGCACCGUGGGAUGUUUGUCAUUCAGGCCAGAGCUGCUGCUUCCGACCUGGCCCUGUUUUGCUGAAGGCAAUGACCCAGGACCCAGGCAGGGAGGCUUUGACCCUGGUCAGGUGUGGAGUUUGACUGGAAUCCGAGGGGUCGUCAGGGGUACGUGAACCAUGCGGACAGACACCGUGUUUGUGUUGUUCUAUUUCUGCCUCAUAGGGGCUUCUGGGAGAUCGGCUCAUCAGAGAGGUAACAAGCUGGAGACCUACAAACAAAGCAGAUCAAGGAGAGAAACUUCCAGAUUAGAUGACGGAGGAACUCACAGUAAACCCGGAAGCCCAAUCCUAAAACGAAGUCCAGACAUGACCAAAUCUACUAUGACAAAAUCUGAACAGCUCUUAAGAAUAGAUGACCACGAUUUUACCAUGAGACCAGCCUUUGGAGGACCGCCCAUACCAGUUGGGGUAGAUGUUCAGAUCGAAAGCCUGGACACGAUCUCUGAAGUGGAUAUGGACUUCACCAUGACCCUGUAUCUGAGGCACUACUGGAAGGACGAGCGCUUGUCCUUUCCCAGCACCAACAACCAGAGCAUGACCUUCGACAGCAGGCUGGCCAAGAAGAUCUGGGUUCCCGACAUGUUCUUCGUCCACUCCAAGCGGUCCUUCAUCCACGACACCACCACGGACAACGUCAUGCUCAGGGUGUACCCCGAUGGCAAUGUGCUCUACAGCAUGAGGGUCACAGUCACUGCCAUGUGUAAUAUGGACCUGAGUCGGUUCCCCCUGGACACUCAAACCUGCUCCCUGGAGAUAGAGAGCUAUGCGUACACAGACGAUGACCUCAUGCUGUACUGGAAGAAAGGCAACGAAUCACUGAACACGGACGAAAGGAUCUCUUUAUCGCAGUUCCUCAUCCAGAAGUUUCACACCACUACAAAGCUGGCCUUUUAUAGCAGCACAGGCUGGUACAAUCGUCUCUACAUCCACUUCACCCUGCGGCGCCACAUCUUCUUCUUCCUGCUCCAGACCUACUUCCCGGCCACCCUCAUGGUCAUGCUGUCCUGGGUCUCCUUCUGGAUCGACCGCCGGGCUGUCCCGGCUAGAGUGCCUCUGGGUAUCACCACGGUCCUCACCAUGUCCACCAUCAUCACCGGCGUCAACGCCUCCAUGCCCAGGGUGUCCUACAUCAAAGCCGUGGACAUCUACCUGUGGGUCAGUUUUGUGUUCGUCUUCCUGUCGGUCAUAGAGUACGCAGCGGUCAACUACCUCUCAACCGUGCAGGAACGGAAAGAGAGGAAACUAAGAGAGAGGUUGCCGUGCACCUGUGGCAUCGGCAACCCGGAAGACAUGAUGUGCGACCCCCAGAUCUCUGGCUACACCACCGACCCCCAGGUCACCAGCUAUUCCUCCAUGGACGCCAACUCCACCGGGAACUACGGAACCACAGGGAACUACGGCGUGCCGGAGAACGGAGGCCGGCAGGAGAGGAUGUUGGCCCAGGUGGUGUUAGGGGAUCCGCAGCUCGCCGGCCAGGUGAAGAGGCCGGGUUACGUGAACAUUUGGAUAGACACCCAUGCCAUAGACAAGUACUCACGGAUCGUUUUCCCUGGUUCCUACGUGCUGUUUAACGUCAUCUACUGGUCCAUCUACUCCUAACAUCUGACCAGGGCCAGCAGUCGGGGAGGAACUCUUCCCUACUAACCCAUCCACAUGCAGAACAGCACCUCACGGUUGUAUUCAUUAGGCACCAAGCAGCAGAAACCAGGCUGAACCAUGAUUGAGAACCAUGAGGAGAACCGUAACUUUUUGAAAAUGAAACACUUAUUCAAAGCAAACCGCUAUGCUGUAAUGUACUAGUGUGUCCUAAUGAAUAAAGCCAAAGACUCCAGUGUCUCCAUUAAGAGGUACAGGGAAAGAGAACUUUUCUUGUUCUUCAGUUUUAAGACCGAGAUAUGGGUUAAAAAAAAACAAGACGUGAACAUUGCCUUUGUGACCCAGGCUCUUAAAUUCAACUGUUUAAAUAUUUACUCUUUCUGUUUGUAUUCAAGAAAAAUGUUAUAAGGGUUUGAAGUCAUUUUCACUGUGCCACUGGGCCCGUGUUAAUUUGUAAAUACUGUGGAUAGCUAGAAAGCAAGGGCUAAGGAUGAUAUAUUAUCGAUGGGACUGAGGACUAGGGAUACUUCGGUAUCUGUUCCCCUGCAUUGGAAACACGACAGACUAUCAACACAAUCAACAUUUGUGAACUAUUGCAUCUGUUUUAGAUUACACAAUGUUUUAUAGUAUCAACUUUUUAAAUACUGUUGUUUAGACAGUACUGUGCAAUUUAUGGCUCAACACUGACACAUUUUUGACUGGUCCCUAUUCAUUUGUAAAUCUUUAACUGUCUUGUCAUUCAGCUGGUAGAGCAUGUCUUCAAAAGGAAUUAGACGAUGAGUAGAUAAACUUUCACUUUACAGGAAUCCUGUUAAUAGAUACCUUAAACAGAUGAAAUAUGUAAAUAAGUUCUUAAAAUGUAAUAAGGCCCCCCAACCGUUGAUUAACCAAGAGGUUUGACAAAGAAAAUUAAUUAUACAUUGUCAGAAAAGAUGUAUUUCUCCUCAACACAAUGUUGUAAAUGAUGAAACAAUCUGGAGAAUAUUCAUGUAUUUUUAUUGUAUUAUCUUCACAUUAGAACAGGUAACAAAACAGUGUAAAAUCUUCAUUUUAAAUGUAAAAUAACUGUUAAAGGGUUAGAGCAGGGCUGCCCAACCCUGUUCCUGGCGAUCUACUGUCCUGUGGGCUUUCUCUCCAACUCUAAUUUAGCACCUGAUUCUAAUAAUUAGCUGGAUGAAAAGCUUAAUCAGGUUAGUCACAAAUGGGGUUGGUGAGAAAACCAUACAGGGCAGUAGAUCUCAAGGGAAAGGGUUUUGCAGCCUUGGUUUUGAGGAUAUUGCACCAUACACUACCUGAAAAUGCAUUACCAUCAAUGUAACUGAAUUUACAUGUUAUACAUUAGAAUUAACACAAUUUGUUUAAAUUUGAAAUAUGUCCUUAACAAUGCUUACUUACUAUAAAAGCCUAUUGGAAAUUC